AUGGAUGACGAAGAUGCCCCUCCAGAACUGGUAGAUGUGACGGCAUUCCCAGAGUCUUUGGGCAACAGAGAAGAAAAGGUAGAAGAAAAAGAAAAAGAAACAGGAGAACUCAUCAGCAGGGUUCCAAUAACUCUGGUUACAGGAUACCUGGGAGCCGGCAAAACAACUCUAUUGAAUUACAUCCUUACCGAGAUACAUGGCAAGAAAAUUGCUGUUAUCAUGAAUGAAUUCGGAGACUCAACCGACAUCGAAAAAUCAUUGACGGUAAACCAAAACGGUCAAGAAGUCACCGAAUGGCUCGACGUCGGUAAUGGCUGCAUCUGCUGCUCCGUCAAAGACUCCGGCGUCCAAGCAAUAGAGUCUCUAAUGGACCGUCGCGGCACAUUCGACUACAUCCUCCUUGAAACUACCGGCCUCGCCGACCCCGGCAACAUCGCGCCCUUAUUUUGGGUCGAUGACGGCCUAGGAAGCUCAAUCUAUCUCGACGGCAUCGUUACACUUGUAGACGCAAAAAAUAUUCUGCGAUUACUGGACGAGCCUGCUCCGGAAGAGACAACAGCAACACAUGCCGGUGCCGAGCAUGAUGAAGACCAUCAUGGGGCGGGGCCGGCGUUGACGAUGGCCCAUUUGCAGAUUUCACAUGCAGAUGUUAUCGUGCUUAACAAAGCAGACCUUGCAACGCCGGCGGAGUUAGAGGCCACCCGGCAGAGGAUUGCGUCUAUCAAUGGCGCAGCGAAGAUUCAUGUCACAGACCAUAGUCGUACGCCGCAGAUUGAAGGUGUUGUACUAGAUCUACAUGCCUACGAUCAACUAUCGAAGAUGGAUUUCUCGGAAAAGGGGCAUGCGCAUAUUGAUCCUAGGAUUUCUACCGUUGCAUUGACACAUCCCAAGAUUUCUCCAGACCAGUUGCCGCGUGUGGAUGAAUGGCUGAGGUCUAUAUUAUGGAAGAGCGUUGUCAAAUAUUCUGGUGGGGCUGCAGCAGAUGCUAACACUCAGAAUUCAAGGUUUGAGAUUCAUCGUCUCAAGGGUAUAUUAGCCCUAACUGAUGGCACAUUCAAGAUCAUUCAGGCUGUGAGGGAAAUGUAUGAAAUAAGAGACUCGGAGAAGCGAGCAAAUAAGGACGAUCAGGCUGAGGUACUUGAUCAUUGCAAGGUUGUGAUAAUUGGGCGUGAUCUGGGGACAUCAGCCUCUUGGCAGGAAAGCUUCGCUCGUGCACUGCAGGGUUGA